AUGUUAACAACAAGCAUCACUAGACGAGGCGGCAUGUCCGCCGCGAGCGCCCCGCACCCCGGUCCCCACCGCGCCUCUUGCGAACCUUGUCCAUUCAACGCAUUUUCUGUCAUAAGCAAAUCGAUAAUCGCAUUAUACUUCCGCUGUAAGCACGCGCGCUGCAUCCAAACUAUGUCACGAGGUAGAGCCCUUUCCCACGGACUUGUGAUAGCACGCGACUCCGAAAGCUCUACA